AUGGAAACCUUCAGCAGACUUCCGCGACGCUUGACGCAGCUCUACUCCGACACGAAGACGUCCUGCGACGCUGUAAUAGAACAAGACGCACCACCAGACGCCCAGCCCGAAGUCACCGCGCUGCACCGCAAAUACCGCAUACAAAAGGACAGGCUCAUCGCUUGGGGGCUGGAAUGGAGCGACAACACCAAGGGGACGCAGGGCGACAUCGACGAGAGCGUCGAGCGGGCAGGCUUUACCGGGACGGUGACGAGCGUGCUGGGCACCAUCAAAGACAUCCUCGAUGAGGCGGAGCGAAUGCACUCACCCGCCGUGGCUGCAGGUGCCAAAUCGCUGUCAGGAGAAAAGGUCCGGCCAGCUGCAUCUGAUCCCCCCUCGUGGGCGGCCUCAGACCGGUCACGGUACGAAAACCUCGCCAAGGACCUCACGACUGCCAUCGACAUCCUCUACGACCUCUCGAGGGCACGAAGAACCCAGCGAGAAGGCGCCCGCGGUCACGGUCCCAGCUCGAAAUUCGUCCCAGAGCCCCCAAAGCCAUCGAACACAGCUGGAGUGUUCCUGUCGCCUGAAUACAGUGCCUCCGACGUCACCCUCAUUAACCCCGCCACAAUCCCUGUCGCGCCAGCACUGCCAACCAUACCCUCCCGCUCGAACCUCCCGCCGAAGCUGGACCCCUCCGACCUUGUCCUGCCCCAGGAAGAGCCUCCGCCAUAUGAGAGCGUCGGCAAGUCCUCUAUCCGAGUCAUCGGCCGGUUACGGACCAGACACAGCUCAACGAACCCCUGGAAGACCGACGGGAGCAAGACGAUCGAGACCCCGGUGCUGGUUGAGUACGCGACGUAUGAUCCCGCCUAUCGCUUCACCGAGGUACCUCCCCCCACCAACAGACUGGACACGCUCCUCUCAAUUCUGGCGAAACUGCAAAGCGACCAGUCGUUCCACGGCACGCUUACUUGCCUCGGAUACUUCGAAGACCCAAAGCAACCCCGAUUUGGUUUGGUGUUCGAACUCCCCUCAUUCGUCUACUCCGGCGCCUCUGACUCACACAAGUCACUGGAGGAGCUGCGCCCCGUGACCCUCCUCAGCGUACUUCAAACGGGAUCCAAGUCCCUCCACAACUCCAACAGUGCAACCCCGCCUCUUGAAGAUCGCUUCCGCCUGGCGUUCACCCUGGGUCUUACCUUCAGCAAGAUCCACGGAGACGAGUUCGUCCACAAAGACGUCAACAGCAGCAACAUACUGGUCUUCCGGAAGAAUCGCCGCCAGUCAAUGAACAGCAGGGCGUUGCAGUACGCCCUUCGAUCUCCUGUCAUCUGCUCGUUUGACUUGUUCUCCGAGUACGACAUUGAGCCCCCCAACACGAUGCCGCCGCUCAACAUUUACCGCCAUCCGGAAGAUCCCAAGUUUACAGGGGAGAAAGAGAAGCAGUAUGGGCCUCAGUUUGACCUGUACAGCCUGGGUCUGAUUCUUCUCGAGGUUGGCCUCUGGCAACCACUUGCCGACUUGUGGAAGCCCAAGUAUACCCUCGCCGACUUCAAGCAGCGGGUAGAAGAUGUGUAUAUUCGGCGCUUGGCGUCAAAGUGCGGGACGGCAUAUAUGCAGGUCGUGCGCGAUUGUUUCUGGGCGGCCGAUCGAAUCGCGUCCGGUGCGGAGAGUCUGCAGAACUUUUCGCAACUUUACAAUCGCAUACUCAUUAGACUGCAGCGUUGCUGCCUUCUCGACGAGGUGGAGCCUGGCUUCGAAUGGGGUGAGUUGAGCUCGGGCACGCCGCCUAUCGCCGGCUCCUCAUCGCUCAAGCGCAAGACUGCCACACCUAUCCAGGCAACCGAUCUAUCGUCAAGCCCAUCAUACCGAAGUGCAAAGCGCUGGGCUCUGGAAAAGGGCUCGCACGCUCUCGAAAGAACGAAGUCGCUAACAAAAUCCUCCCCAAAGAGCUCACCGAACCUCUCAUCACUCUCGCGCCACGGCUCGCAACGCUCGCAGCACUCUGUGCGAAAGUCCAUUUCGCAUCUGAUGAGCCCGAAAGAGGAAUUGCCGCAGGCGAUGGACUGGCAGCGCGAACGAGAUCCGCUCGAGGAAUCGGGUACUCUCGUGGAUACGCCUCCAGACUCGCAGGAACGGGGUGAAGAGAAGGUGGCCAAUGCUGCAAACGUGAUACAGCGCGCAUGGCGGGCGUCGCAGACGGAGUCAUAUGCUACCCCGCCGAGAUCCAUGUCACUGAAGGAUUACAAAGAUAAAAUCACGCUGAUUCAAAAAUUGUGGCGACAAAGAAAACAGAACCAACCUAACACCAUCACCGCUCUUCUGACCGACGGCAUUCGCCACUGGCCGCAAGCAGCAAUCGGCUACCCCACGCCUGAACCCGAAGACCAUUCUACCCAACGACAUAUGGAUACUAGCUCAAGUCCAAAGCGCUCUUCGCUGGAGAUCGACACCCAAAUGGACGCUGCCGCACGUCCAAAGCUCCGACUGCACCCAGCCAAGUUUUCUGAUAAGAUAGUCAACGAAUGGCAUGAGACAAUGCUGCCCCGCUUGGAGCGCCUCAUCGAGCGCGCACUAAGAGACUGCGACGAGACCGUCAGCAUCGACCUAGUAGCCAUCGGCGAGACUCAAGACAAGGCGCGGCCCACCAUCUUGGUUACCUGCAGCAGCGUCGCAAAGGUUAAAGCUGUCCUGCAGCGCCGAUUUGGGUACGACGCCAAGAUCUAUGAUUUGAAAGUUCGACGUGGCAGGGUUCGACGAUCGAAGAUGAACAGGUCCAGUCGUCGAAGGCGCCUGCCGCACCGCUCCAUGAUGAACACGGACAGCUACGAUGGCGACAUGCCCAUUAUGAACCCUUUUCAUCAACAGCGCCCUGUCUGUGGUGCCUCGAUCGGGGCCUUCAACGGUGAACACUUGCCGCCGGUAUCCUAUGGGGGUGUCAUUCUUGUCGACGAGGAGCCUCUGGGAAUGAGCGUCCACCAUCUCUUGGAUGCUCCCUCCGACGAUGAGAGUGAGGAUGGCGACGCAAUGAGUCCCGGCCCAAACGACGCAGUUCUUUCCAGCGCCAAUAACACGACCAACCCAUGGUUGCUAGGUAUGGGUUCCCAACCUGGUGUGCAAAUCGCGCCUAGCUCGCCAAUGCCCAUGUGGGACCUGGAGAUCUCCGAUGACGAGGACAUGAAGAGCGAUGACGAUGACUAUGAAUCCUUUCACCUAUCGUCAGACUCCGAGUUUGACUCAGACGAAGAAUCCGAGGAAGGCGACAACCUCGCUGAUUCCACGACUUCUAAGGGAACCACCGGCGAUAUCGAAGGUAUUGAUGUAGGUGAGGGUGAUGAAAUCAAGAUCACCCAGCCAGCAAUUGACGACAUUGAUGAUAACUUCUUUCCUAACGAGGAGGAUCGCGACGACGAUCACCUCUCUUCUCAUGAACUAGGUUAUAUUCACGCAUCUUCCGGGAUUCGUCGUUGGAAGAAAAACGGCAUCAUCCACGAGAUCGAUUGGGCUCUUCUCAAAUUGAAUGAGGAUCGCUUACAACCCUACAACCUCGUUCAAGGUGGGAGACGAUUCUGCUUCAACCGUACCCUCGAGCCGGAUCAGCGUAAGAUUUCUGAAAAGCUGGAACAACCUGUCUCCAGACGCCACUAUACCCCGGACGAAGACGAGUACCCAAAUGGAGUCGCCAGCGCCGAUAACUUGGGUGGUCUCAACGUGCAUUGCUUCGGACGGACCACGGGAUUGCAGGGUGGUAUGGUCGGACCUGCCAUGAGCUCCGUGCGCAUCUACCGACGCAAAACUUUCUCGAGGAGCUGGCAUGUCGCUGGCGGAUUUGGAGUCGGCGGCGAUUCUGGUGCAUGGGUCGUACAAAACGGCACCCACCGCGUAGUCGGUCACGUCCUCGCAUGGUGCGAACGGAAUCACAUCGCAUACAUUUGCCCCAUGGAGGUCCUUCUUGAAGACAUUAAGCGCACACUGGGCGCUAAGCGGGUCUACCUUCCCGGCUCUGCGGAGGAGGCUAAGUACCUCGCACGCGUGCACCGCCACGCUAUCAAAGACAAGGAGGACAGCCGCGUGGAAGAACUCGAAGUGGCUGUGGAGGGAUUGGGUAUUGUUGAUUCGGCCGUCGAUAUGACGCAGGCGCAACCUGCUAGCGCGAGCUCGAGACGCAGUAGGCUGGGCUUGCCUAUGCUGAAUACGAGUGGGGAAAGCGAUAAGGAGAACUUGCCGGUCAUCCGUAGUAGGAUGAUUAAGGUGAAGGAGGGGAGGGCGGGGCAGCUCGAGAUGGUGGGUGUGCCUUGA